ACUACUUUACUACUUUACUACUCUACUACUUUACUACUUCACCUACUUCACUUACUUCACUACACAAUCAAAAAUCGAUCAAAAUUCAAAAUGUUCGGCCGUCGCUCUCGUCAUACCACCAAAACCACAAAACCCACCCUUAUGACUAGACUUAAGGGCCGCAAUGCCAGAACGAGAACCUACAAGACCGAAGUCACAGAACACGGUGGUCACCAUCACCAUCACCACAAUACUACCACCCGGACCGCACCCGCUUUUCAUCACCGUCGCAGACCUAGCCUCGGAGACAAGGUCUCCGGCGCCAUACUGAGGAUGAAAGGUAGCUUGACACGCAGACCAGGCGAGAAGGCUGCUGGCACACGCCGAAUGCGCGGCACUGAUGGACGUAGAAGUCAUCGUGUCUAUUAAAUGACCAUACUAUAGCUUGAUGAUUAUGGAGGAUGGCUUACGAAUUAUGAAACUGUAUUAUAAUAAUGCUU